ACUCAACAGACUGAGAUUUUUUUCACAGGGUUACUUAGUAAACUGGGACAUAGAAAGGCAAGUGUGGGACUACCUCUUUGGCAAAGAUGUGAUGAAGGUGGAUUUCAAUGAAACCAACAUCAUUGUCACAGAACCUUAUUUCAACUUCAAUUCAGUACAAGAGGCUAUGAAUGAAAUCUUCUUUGAAGAAUAUGCCUUUAAGUCUGUGUUAAAAACUAAUCCCUCCUUCCUGAGUCAGUAUAAGUACUCCAAGGAAUCAAAUGCCCCUCCUCUAUGUAAUAUAGUCCUGGACACAGGGUAUUCCUUCUCUCAUAUUGUCCCAUACUUCAAGGGCAAGAAAAUCACAGGGGCAGUCAAAAGAGUAAAUGUUGGUGGCAAAUUGCUAACUAAUCAUCUGAAAGAAGUUAUAUCAUAUAGACAGUUGAUGGUAAUGGAUGAAACAUAUGUGAUAAAUCAAGUGAAGGAAGAUGUGUGUUAUGUAUCUACUCAAUUCAUGAAAGAUAUGGAAACUGCCAAAAAGAGAGGUAAAGAGAACAUGAUAGCCCGGGACUAUGUCCUGCCUGACUACACCCACAUCAAGAGGGGGUACGUCCGACCCCAGGAGGAGACCACGGGGAGGGCCAAAGACGGAGAGCAGAUAAUUCGUAUGAACAAUGAGAGGUUUGCCAUACCAGAGCUGCUGUUUCACCCGUCAGAUGUAGGGGUGCAGGAGAUGGGGGUGGCUGAGGCCCUAGUGUACGCCAUCAGCACUCUGCCUGAAGAGAUGCGGCCUCAUAUGUAUUCUAACAUUGUAUUGACUGGUGGGAACUGUUUACUACCAGGCUUCUCUGAGAGAUUUUAUGCUGAUGUAAGAAGUAUGGCCCCUGAAGAAUAUGACAUCUCAACUAAAAUGCCAAGCAACCCUGUGACUUAUGCGUGGGAAGGUGGUAGAAUGCUAGCUAACACUGAGGAGUAUAAGAAAAUGGCCGUCACCAGGGAGCAGUACGAAGAACAUGGUCACAGUAUUUGUGCUGAAACUUUUGAUAUCUGAUAAACUCAGGAGUUUUAUAAAGGAAAAAAUUUGUUCAGGUAAACAAUUCUAUGCCAUCUACAGGAAAUGUGAGCUUUAACUCAAUAGGAAAUGUGAGCUUUAACUCAAUAGGAAACGUGAGCUUUGAAUCAAUAGGAAAUGUGAGCUUGGACUCAAAUUCUGUGGUGUAGAUCUGAAAUACUGGAGGAAUCCAAUUAUAGCAGCAAAAUGUCAUGGAUAGUAAGGCUUCAUUUCAUGAUGUUUACAAUAGAAAUUAAAGAAUAUGUGGUUAUAUAAAGUACUGUCUAGAACUGUUGCUAGAGGUAGUAUAGUGAAGUGAACAGUGUGGUUAAAUAUCUUUUUGAGGCCAUAAAUUUUUACUUUCAAAAACCCAUUAUAUUGAAGAAGAUAUCGGUUUGUAAAGGAGACCACAAGGAUACUGAAAGUGUGAGAAAUUCCAGAUUAGAAAGUAUUUGCUCGUUAACAUCUUCUGAAAUGUUAAUUACAUAAAAUUUGUUUAUACAAAGCAAAAUUCGACAAUGUGUUCAAUUCAUUAUAAGGUUCAUGUAUAUCAUCAUGAUUUUUUCAUGAAAAACGGUUGCAAUUAUUGUCACAAAGUAAUUUUUUUUAUGUAAAUCAAAUAAAUAUGACAUGAAAACACAAAAUUAAUUUAUAAAAUUGGGUAAAAGAGCAUUUACCUAAAGUAUGAUGAUUUAUUUAUUAUUUGAUAUUUUUACUGCAUGGUUUUAUAUGUGUAUUUACAUGUAU